GGAGUGGGGGCAAAAACACAAAGAGGUAGGUGGCGAAAAAAGCGACGUUGAUUACUUGAUUUCGCGCUUCACGAAUUUUCCUGAACGAGAUGAUUUUUUGCGUCUCCUUUUCAAGCGAAAUCUGUGUACUGUUUUCAGUGAAUGGUAUCAUUAUGUGCAUCUAAUUAAUUAAUAACGUAUUAUUCAUUUAUUUAAUUAUGCGUUGAUGUAUUGCGGUAAUUGUGAAGUUGUAGAAUCUGAAUCGUGUUUUUGUUCGGUUAUGUGUAAAACUCUACCCGGGUUGCAGGUACAAAAAUGUGCCCAUUGUAUACUUCAGUGCAUGUAGCUUGCUGCUGCGGAAUUCAGACUUUUUGCGAACACGUGUUUCAUGUGAAAGACUGGGUUAGUAGGAAGUUGUUAUAAUGCAAGUUCACGCAGAUUUAUUGUAUCUGGGAAGCGUUCAUGGUUUCAAGAAUUUUCCCGCUCGCGAAGUUGGCGUCUUUGUUUCCCUUCCCUCGUUGGUCUCUGCUCUGAUACUUAUACAUAUGUGCAGAUAAUUGUUUCUCAUUUCGUUUGAUUCAAGAUUUACGUGUGUUAUGAAUUAUUUUAACGAAUCCUGUGAUGACAAUAUACGAGUAUUAGUUGAGUUGAGAAAAAUAGACGUUGGGGCUUGGGCGUCGCCUUUUGGAGUCUUUGUUUCAGUACUUUUUUGGCGUAAUGCGAGAUUCUUGUACCAAAACUUAACGCGAUGAACUGAUGACAAUCUUGCAACAUCAUGUGAAAAUUGAAAUGAAUUCAAAGCUCAUGUGUAAAUAUCUGCAUUUAUGAAAAGAGUUCGAUGUACUGCAGAAUUUCACAAUUACGAUUUUCUUGCUCUUGUAGCUGAGCUUGCCUCUAAAAUGAUACGAAUACGAAAUACGAAACACGAAACAUGCAGAAUUUCAAGAUUUUUCUUGUUGGUGAAAUCGCAUUCGUCUUUCUUUAUCUCGUUGUCAGCGCUUCAAUGGCUACGAUCAUUUUGUGAUGAAUUCGACGAAUUAUUUGGUAAUAAUGUGAAAUUCUUGACUCUUGAUCGCAUUAUAUGAUUAAUCCAAGUAUUUUCAGUGCUAUCCAUCAGUUUACCCGAUCUCAGAGAAAUUAUGGAGCUUUCCUGUGUACUUCGCUAACCUACGCAGCUGUUGGCUUCUUUCGUAUUCGUAUACCUUACGCUGGGUCCAUCGUUUAUGGCAAAUCCUGGUCAAUUUUCUGUCAUGGAUGCAGUUUCGAAUGGAAUGAUCGUCGUCGCAUUCAACAAGAGUAUGUAUCUGAGCAGGCCAUGCUUAUGCAGAGUGUCGGAUGUUUCCAUCGAAAAUUACCCUACUUCUGUUUAAUGCAAAUUUUCGCUACAAAAUAGCCCUAAAUGAAAGCUGAAUCGCGAUUGUAUUUCCAAAUUUAAUCCAGAGAUAGCGUCUACAGUAAACGCUGGCGCAAUAACACCGUCGAAUUUAUUGUGGGAAAAAGUUACGUUUAUGAUUUUUAAUGUUCGUACUGGGUUUUCGCAUCAGUAUGUUUCCGGUGUGUGUUCGUCGCUAUAGUGCGUUCUGCCGGUUUCCAUUUUCGAGCGAAUUUCGUAUUACGUAAAAUUACGCGAAUUUUCAUCUUUGUACGUGUGUAAAUUUCUUAAAAUGAAAAUCGAGUCGCGUUGAAUUAUUUGUUUGUGUAUGUGUGUGUUUUUUUCAACUCGGAUCAGUUUUUUUAUUCGUUAUUUUGUCGUGAAAUCGGAUUGUGAGAAUUUUUUCGGCGACAUGAUUUGCGGCGUGAUUCGGAACGACGAGAAAAGCUACCGAUUCGAGUGAACGCGAUCGGUAGUUGGCUACGUGGAGGGAGUUGCGGUCAUGCAUCGCAUUUUGAUGCUCAUGUUGACCGUAACGGUUCACGGUAUGCAGCAGCUUUACCAUCCUCAGAACGAAAUCGAGGAAUUUUUCAACGAAUUGGAUAAACCAGUUCCUGUGACCGAUGUUUCCGGUAUUAUAUGGAAGAAAGCUUCGUUACCUUGUGAUAUUACGCCGAAUGAAAAAGACGACGUUGUGUUUAUGGUCUUAUGGUUCAAGAAUGCCGAAACAGAACCAAUUUAUAGUUUCGACAUUCGUAACCGAGCUCAAAAUCAAGCAAAACUGUGGUCUUCUCCGGCGGCAUUCGGUAACCGGGCCGUAUUCCGAGCCAGUACGAAACCGGCUAAAUUAUAUAUCGAAAAUAUUCAGCUAGACGACGAAGCCGUGUAUAGAUGUCGAGUGGAUUUCAAAAAUUCACCGACGAGAAACGUCAAAGUGAAUUUUACCGUAAUUGUUCUUCCAAAUAGUCCGGUGAUAUAUAACGCUCAGCGUCAAGAAAUCGAAACACUUUUGGAGGGUAGCAACGAAGGAAGCAUAUUAAGCUUAAGUUGCGAAGUUUCCGGAGGUCGACCACUUCCAGAGGUCAGAUGGUACUUGGAAGGUAAACUGAUCGACGAAACAUAUCAAACGAGGUCUUCCAGUCUAGUCGUUAAUCAAUUAAGAGAUCUGAAAUUAAGUCGAGAACACCUAAAUGCUCAGCUCACGUGUGUCGCCAACAACACACCGUUAGCCAAUCCCAUAUCGAAACUAGUGCUUCUCAAUAUCAAUCUGAAACCUCUGCAAGUGGAAAUUCUGCACAAGACGCGGUUACUAUCGGUGGAUCGAGAAUAUGAAAUCGAAUGUUUAGCGUCUGGCGCUCGUCCAAUUGCCAACAUUACCUGGUUUUUAGGAGAUAAACCUGUGGAACGUAUUGCUCUAAAGUAUCCUAAUUCGGACAAUCAAGUUAUCAGUAUUAUCAAAUAUUCACCGCUAAUUGAAGAUCACGGGAAGCAUCUUAUAUGUAGAGCAGAUAACCCAGCAAUACCAGAUUCGGGGAUAGAAGAUCGAUGGAGUUUGAACGUGCAGUAUGUACCUCGAGUAUCGUUAAAAAUCGGCCACAACUUGGAUGCGCGAAGCAUAAAAGAAGGCGACGACGUGUACUUCGAAUGCGACAUAAAAGCGAAUCCCAAAGCGUUCAAACAAGCUUGGUUUCAUAACAAAGAAGAAAUACAUCAAAAUGUAACCGCCGGUAUUUUAAUAACUGAUACGAGCCUGGUAUUGCAAAAGGUUACCAAAUACAAUGCGGGCAAUUACACGUGUAUGGCUACCAAUUCCGAAGGCAAAGGAGUCAGUAAUCCUGUCACGUUGACGAUUAUGUUCGCACCCUCUUGUAAACUACGCAGAGAACAGCUUUACGGGGCAUUAAAACAGGAAACAGUAGUGCUUAAAUGCGAAGUAGACUCGAACCCGAAACCAUCAGCGUUUCAUUGGACGUUCAACAAUUCAGGAGAUUCUAGUCUGGUGUCUCCUUCGCGUUAUACGCAUUCGGGCUUUAUAUCCAUCAUUAAUUAUACGCCGCAAACGGACAUGGAUUACGGAACGUUGGCUUGCUGGGCUAAGAAUUCGGUCGGACAUCAGAAAAGGCCUUGUAUAUAUCAAGUUGUGGCCGCAGGACGUCCUUUUCCACUAAUCAAUUGCUCAAUAACGAAUCAAACGGAAGACUCUUUGCAAGUUCAAUGUAUGGAAAAUUUCGACGGCGGGUUACCGCAAAACUUUUUGAUGGAACUUUUAGAAAUACCAAAUAUGGAAUCCAAGUUUAACGUCAGCGUUAAUGGAAGACCGCCUUUAUUUUACCUGCACGGAAUUGAAUCGUCGGCUUCUUAUAAAGUUAAACUUUUCGCCAUGAAUGUCAAAGGCCUUUCGGAUCCCGUCUAUUUGGAAACUAGUUCAUUCAAAGGAGCCGCAAAAUACACAAGUGUAACGAAUAAGUUACAAGUGAUAAAUGUGAUGGCUGGCUUAAUAAGCGUAUUAUUUGUGCUAACGGUGCUGUUAUGCGUGUUCGGUACUUUUAUAUUUUUCUAUCGGUGUCGACGUAAGCAUAAAAGAGAUCAAGAGUUCGCGCCUAAACCGUCCAAAACAGACGAUACGAUUAAAAAUCAACCGUACAUGUCGGCGGUAUUCGUGCGCAGUCAGCAGAACGUAGUCAGCGAUUCCAAAGGACCAGAUAUUAUAACGAAUACGUUCGGUAAUCGAACUUCGUCGAAUAAUACGUUUUCGACAACUAAUUCUACGGCUGUAAGUGAUCAAACGGACGAAUGCAACGUUGUAUAUAAAAAUCGACAAAAUAAUUACGAGCAUUCCAACGACGACGUCGUCGUACCGCAAAAAAUAUUAGCCGAGCCGAUACCAGACGGCGUCGGCGGUUAUAAAUACGAAAUAAAUACAAUUAAAAGAAUACCCAUGAUGGGUGAUCGUUGUACUAAUAAACAAGACACAUUUGUGAUUCAAUCGAGUACUAGUAAUCAUAGGCCGUCGUUAGAAGUUGUAACCACGUCGACGAAACUACAAGAAUCGUGUAUAUAGACGAAAAAAAAAACGAAACGAAAUUUCUACUAGAAAAAAAUUCAUUUUACGAUUUUUUCUCUUUUUGUACGGGCUAUUUCUAUUUUGAAAUUAUAUAUAUUUGUUGUUUUUAUUUUCGCGUGUUUUUUUGUCUCUAUUUCCCCCCUUUUUUUCGUAUAUUUGUUUAAAUGUUUAUACUAGUUUGAAAAUAAAAAAAAUUAUUACGUUUGUGUUAAA